UCUCGCACGAACUGAAAAGUGGGACCGGUUCUGGAGAUUUUGACAUUUCAAUGGGUCCAAUGUGAUUUAGUUACUCACGAAAGCAACAGGUUAUUACAACUAUUUUUAAUUUCAUUCAUUAGCAUCAUCAAUAAUUUCAAUUUUCAAACUGGUGUUUAACAUUUGUGUGAAAUUUUAUUAAUAAUUAAUUUUAAUUAUCAGUUAGCUUUGAUUAAUUUUUGUGACUCUUGUGGAAUUAUCAUAACGGGUGUUGCGAUCAAUAUAUAAUACUUGAGAAAUUUUUCCAAGUUGUCAGUUUUCACACUCCUCGAAGCAACAAUCACAAGCAGUUUGCAUCUUCGAGGGGAGAAGAUAACAAUUAUAUAUUAUUGCUCAAGUAACCGAUAGCAACGAACAAAAGAUUCGCGCGUAAGGAAUGGCACAAUAGAUGGUGAUUUUUCAAUUGUGAAAUUUAAAAGUUUACAAAAUAGUUGAUAUUUGGAGGCUGUUGAUGAAAAUAAACAUUGUGGUGCUGGUGAUAUUAAUUGAAGGAUAUGAUGGAAGAAUCAUCAGGCCCAGUUACUGAAAAUGGUAUCAGUAACAAUAAUAAUAUUAAUGUUAAUAAUAACAAUAAUGUUAGUACAACAAAGAAUGGGGGAAGUACUAAUCAUUCAUCAAGUAACACUGGAUCCAAUAGUGGAGGAGAAGGAAUCAGUGCUGCCGUCACGAAAGUUCUUCAAGGCUAUGAUUGGUCUUUGGUACCACCUGCUGCUACAAAAGGAAGUGGUGAUAAAAGAGCAGCGCACGUCAAAAGGCCAAUGAAUGCCUUUAUGGUAUGGGCACAAGCUGCCAGAAGAAAACUAGCUGAUCAGUAUCCUCAGCUCCAUAAUGCAGAAUUAUCAAAGACACUUGGACAACUUUGGCGAAAACUUUCUGAAUAUGAUAAAAAACCAUUCAUAGAAGAAGCAGAUAGAUUACGAGUGAUUCAUAAACGUGAGCAUCCUGAUUACAAAUACCAACCCCGAAGACGAAAACCAAAUGGUCCAUCAGGUAGAGAUAGUUCACCGUCAAGGACUCAAAAUGGUGUGACAUUUAAUAUCUGUAAAUCUCUGAAACAAGAAGACCUAAGUCCGCGUAGUGGUCAAAUUACAAAUUCACCACAAAGUCGAGUAAGUUCAUCACCUCCCACGAUGCCGAAUCAAGGCCUGUCACCUCCUACACCACCAACGACUCCUCGAGCGCAACACUUUGUCAAUCAGGUGUGCAUUAACCAGAUGGCUCACCAGCAUCAGCAAAAUAAUAUUUACCACCCAGAUUUAUCAGGCUCUUCGAUGUCAGAUACAUCUCAUCAACAAGGUAACGUGGAUUUCAACAGAUUCAUUGACGUCAUUGAACCCCCUCUACCGUUAGAUGAAGGACCAAUGAGUACCCUGGGAUCAUUGGGUGGAGUUAAUCUCAACAUUCCACUGAAUCUUCAGGAAUGUGAGGUGGAGAGCUCUGAACUGGAUCAGUACCUUCCUUCUCAAGUUCUUUCAGCAGAUCAGUAUCCUCCAACAGCUUCUGCCAAUACACUACCAUGGUGGCUUUUAACUCGAAAUGAUGAGGACUCUGAAAGAUCAAGUAAAAGAUUUUGUCCAGAUUCACUAGCCGAAGCUUCCUGGGAAGAUCGACCUCAAGAUAUGAUUCGAUAUCAUGAACUCCAACCACCUUUACCAUCAGUUCAAUACAUAUCAGGAGCUCAUCAUUCACAUGAAUCAACUCAAGUCAACCAUCCUCCUGUCAACACUCCAUAUCACAUUGCAACCCAUCGAUAUGUAGCAGGAAGUUGGCCUAAUUAUUGGUGAAGCUGUUACAAAUUCAAACAGUCAUUCCUAAUACGACAAUUAAUAACGAACAAAAAGGUUUAUAUAUGAAUAUAUAUUUAAGGAUGAAUGUGACAUUCUUGUUUGUUUCAUCAAGCAAGAAUGUUGGAAAUAGCCAAAAAUGUAAAAUUAGCUAAUGUUUAUAAUGACCAAUUAGUUCAUAAUAUAAUAUUUGAGGCGCCAGUGAAAAAAAUUUAAGAGAUUUAACUUUAAGAUGUUUGGUCUUUAGUACGAAUGUGACUGUAGUAGUAAGUAUUAAACUACACAUGUGAUCUCGGCAUGAUUAGGUGUUGAGUAUCAUGAAACUCCAUGACAUCAUUCCAUGACAGAAUAUUGCAGCUUUUUUCCUACCUCUUUCUGUUCUCUAUUAUACAUAAUAAUUUUUGGGCCAUGUUUUGAGUCCUGAAUGUUUCGAGAUACAUAAAUGUAAUUCGAGUACUCUUUUAAUAAUAACAUCAGCUAAUAAUAAACUUAUCGAAUGAAUAUAUUAUACAAAUAAUGAUAAGGAAACAAGAGAGAUAAAUUUUCAUCUAAUA